ACAUGCCACGUUGCAGUCUUCAGCAUUCUCAGUGGGGCAGGCAUUGUUCUUUGCCUUGUCACGUCUUUGACCGUUGAAUGGAUGGGCCUCACUGCUGCGAAGAACCUUUACCACGAUCUCCUCAACAAGAUCAUCCUCGGACCCAUCAGAUUCUUCGAUAUGACCCCUUUGGGGCUAAUUCUGAACCGUUUUUCUGCUGAUACAAAUAUUAUUGAUCAGCACAUUCCACCAACUGUGGAAUCCCUCUCGCGUUCAACAUUACUCUGUCUAUCUGCUGUCGGGAUGAUUUCAUACACCACCCACUACUUCCUACUUGCUCUCUUGCCUCUUGGAGUAGCGUUUUAUUUCAUCCAGAAAUACUUCAGAGUCGCAUCUAAGGAUCUCCAGGAACUUGACGACAGCACUCAGUUGCCUCUCCUUUGCCACUUUUCUGAGACUACAGAAGGCCUCACGACCAUCAGAGCAUUCAGGCACGAGCCCAGAUUUAAACAACGAAUGCUGGAACUGACGGACACCAACAACAUCGCAUAUUUGUUCCUCUCUGCUGCCAACAGAUGGCUGGAGGUUAGGACGGAUUACGUGGGCGCCUUCAUUGUCCUCACUGCAGCUGUGGCCUCCAUCUCAGACCGCUCCUCUUCUGGCCUCGUAGGUCUGGGUCUCCUCUAUGCACUGACGAUCACCAACUACCUGAACUGGGUGGUGCGAAAUUUGGCCGACCUGGAAGUGCAAAUGGGGGCCGUGAAGAAAGUGAACAGCUUUCUCAACAUGGAGUCUGAGAAUUAUGAAGGCACCAUAGAUAUUUCUCAAGUACCCAAAGACUGGCCUCAAGAAGGGGAAAUCAAGAUCGAAAACCUAUGUGUCCGCUACGAGAAUAACCUGAAGCCGGUUCUCAAGCACGUGAAAGCAUAUAUUAAACCAGGCCAAAAGGUUGGGAUUUGUGGUCGCACUGGCAGUGGGAAAUCAUCCCUUUCAUUGGCUUUCUUCAGGAUGGUAGACAUAUUUGAUGGAAGGAUUAUCAUUGACGGCAUUGACAUUGCAAAGCUGCCUCUCGAUCUGCUGCGUUCCAGGCUCUCUAUAAUCCUCCAGGAUCCUAUCUUAUUCAGCGGGUCGAUUCGUUUUAAUCUGGAUCCCGAGUGCAAAUGUACAGAUGAUACCCUUUGGGAAGCCUUGGAGAUUGCUCAGUUGAAGAACAUGGUCAAAGUCCUGCCUGGUGGACUAGAUGCUGUUGUAACUGAAGGUGGAGAGAACUUCAGUGUUGGUCAGAGACAACUCUUCUGUCUGGCUCGGGCUUUUGUGCGUAAGAGCAGUAUUCUCAUUAUGGAUGAGGCCACCGCUUCCAUCGAUAUGGCCACAGAAAACAUUUUGCAAAAAGUUGUAAUGACUUCCUUUGCGGAUCGCACAGUUGUGACAAUUGCUCAUCGAGUCCACACUAUCCUGACUGCAGACAUGGUCAUUGUGAUGAAACGAGGGGUCAUUUUGGAAAAUGACACACCUGAGAAUCUGCUGGCCCAAGAAGACAGCAUCUUUGCCUCUUUUGUUCGGGCUGAUAACUGAAAAAGCCACAUCACUGGCUUUUUUUCAAUGCUGAUUUAAAAAAAAAAAAAACAAGAGAAGGGACUCGCCCCUCCCCUUUAUAUAUAAUGUAUUAUCACUGUAUUUUUCCAUCUGUAAUUUUUGUAAAACUCAAGGGCAUGAUGUAAGUCUCAAAGCAAUAAAUUCUUCACCCAAGGCCUGAGAAAGCCUUUUGUAUGUUCCUUCAACAGAUCUUGUAGGACCAUGCUGAGGAUUUCAUAUCUCAAGAAAAGAGUCCUUAAAAGCAAGGGUCUCCAACCUUGGCAACUUGUGGGCUUCAACUUGAGCUUCCUGUUCCUAUGCAAGAACAUGUAUUCUAUUGACUGUUGUCAGACUGCCAUGGGGCCAUCUAGGGGUCAUGUUUGUCUGAGCUAAGUUUGGUUGAAGUUUGGACUGCUGAUGCAAUGAAGGGUCAUUGGGCAAUUCCUACUGUGUCUAAUGGCUAAUCCUACCUUUGUUCAGACCUUACUGCAGGGAAUUUUUGCCUACGAAUAGAGCUACCUAUCUCUUAAGUGUUGACAUCUGCUGAGGGCUAUUGAGAAAGGUGGGGACUGCUUUCUGUCUCCAAGAGCAUGUUUGUCCAUUUCUCCCUUUAGGGAAAUAUAAUAUUCUGCCUUUUCAAUAUUUCCUAAAAUAUUUAUUCUUCUAGGAGAGACGUGGGUGACAAUUUUCUACGCCUUAUACAUAUCUAGUUCCCUUAACUGUUCAUUGUACAGGUUAGCCUCCAGAUUCCUUAUCCUUUUUGUUGCUCUUUCCUGCAUAAUUUCCAAGGUCUCAGCAUCCUUUUUGUAUUGUGGCAACCUUAACCGACUUCAACAACAUAUGGAGAACCUUAGAUGCACCUUUCUUUA